AGGAAGACAGCGACUAUGGCACCGGAAAGUAGCUAAUUCCGUGAAAUGUAAAUUCUAAAUUAACCAUUACUUAUUUGUUGGUGAACGUAUAGCUCCGAGGUCACGCAAAGAAUCAGCAAAAUGUCGUUUUUUGAGGGAGGUUGUAUUUAGAAUUCAGAUUGUAGAAACUCGGAGCUCCGUGACAGCGCUUGAACGCGUCGUGAGUUCGCCGCUGGUCAGUCAGCCUCUGUGCGGUAAACAGACGGUGUUCAGAGACGGAGCUCAACUCCGGGUGGAACCAACCAGAACCCGGUCAGAGUCCAAAACCACCAUGUAAGAAGUUGCCCAAAUUGUUCACUGUGUGUUUCCAGCUCUGAGGGAGCAUCACUGUAUUUUCUUCAAACGCAGACAGCAAGCAGGUCUUCUCAUAUAUUUACAAUGACCACCCUCGAAGACAGUGAUAUGCACACCUUUGGCCCAGAGCUGCCGGCCAUGUUCGACGGCAUGAAGCUGGCAGCAGUGGCCACCGUCCUCUACAUCAUCGUCCGCUGUCUGAACCUCAAGAGUACUACUGCACCACCAGAGAUCUUCUACCAGGACACACCGCUCAGCCACUACCUGUUCAAAUCCUGCCCAAUGCUGACCAAAGAAUACAUUCCUCCCUUGCUAUGGGGGAAGAGCGGACAUCUCCAAACGGCCCUGUAUGGCAAGAUGGGACGUGUCAACACUCCUACACCCUGUGGGGUUCGCAAGUUCCUCCCAAUGCAGGACGGGGCCACAGCGACCUUUGACCUCUUCGAAGCUCUUGGAGACCACAGCGCAGGAGAUGACAUUACCAUGGUAAUCUGCCCUGGGAUCGGUAACCAUAGUGAGAAGAACUACAUUCGGACCUUUGUGGAUUACUCCCAGCGGCAGGGUUACCGCUGUGCCGUCCUCAACCACCUGGGAGCCCUGCCUAACAUGGAGCUCACCUCGCCGCGCAUGUUCACCUACGGUUGUACCUGGGAGUUUGCGGCCAUGGUGGGCUACAUCAAACGGGCUUGUCCCCAGACGCUGCUGGUGGUUGUCGGCCUCAGUCUGGGAGGAAACAUUGUCUGUAAGUUCCUGGGUGAAAACCAAUCAAAUCAGGAACGAGUGCUGUGCUGUGUCAGCGUCUGCCAGGGUUACAGCGCCCUCAGGGCCCAGGAAACAUUCCUUCAGUGGGACCAGUGUCGGAGGCUCUACAACUUUGUGUUGGCGGACAACAUGAAGAAGAUCAUCCUGUCACACAGAGACAGUCUGUUGGGCAUGAACUCCAGCAACAUUGGUGAUGCAGACUUAAACAGACUGUAUGCAGCUACUUCCCUGAUGCAGAUUGAUGACAGCAUUAUGAGAAAAUUCCAUGGCCAUGACUCGUUGAGAGAGUACUAUGAGAAGGAGAGCUGUGUGCACUACAUCCAUAAAGUCACUGUACCCCUCCUCCUGGUAAACUCCUCAGAUGACCCGCUAGUUCAUCAGUCGCUGCUGGCUAUUCCACGCACACUUGCAGAGAAGAUGCCCAAUGUGAUAUUUGCCCUGACGCAGCACGGAGGCCACAUGGGUUUCUUUGAGGGUGCUGUGCUGUUCCCUCAGCCCCUCACCUGGAUGGACAAGGUCAUAAUUGAAUACAGCAACGCCAUCUGCCACUGGGAAAAGAAGCGGUCAGUGUGCCAGAAGAGUAGUCGCCAGGACAUGAACUCCUGCCUGCAGAGCAAAGGGGGAACACUCAGCGGGUAACACAUACAUGGUCGCUCAAGACACACAGGCACAUGCUCAGUCCACCGGAUCUCCUUUACUUCAGCAUGAAUGGCAUUGCAGUUCAGUGAUUCUGGCAAAUGUAGCUGGAUUUGACAGUGCAGGCUGAGUGGAAGUGAGUAAAACAACUUGGAAAUGAAAACUUACUGAGUUAAUAAUAUCUGUGCAUGUAAUGUGACUCCAUGCUAAGUUGUUGCUUCCUGUUUUGUUCUCAUUUAACUUCUGGCAUAACAGUACUUUAAGCCAGUGGUUCUCAAACUGGAGGUCGGGACCCCCGUGGGGGACCCAAGAUCAUUUCAGGGGGUCGCCAGAUCAUUGUUAAAAACAAAAUAAAAUAAAGCCUACAUUUAUCAAAUAAAUGUGUAUUAGGGCUGUCAGAAUUAAAAGUGCAUACUUCUUCCCACUCCUUUUUCAGACUUGUUAAUAUUAGGGUUUGAUUAUGCAAUAUUAUUAUUCUUUUCUGCUCUUUCUUAAAUUAUUUUUAUAUUCUUUUUCCCUUUCAUUUGUAAGAAAUGAAUUCAAUUCAUUCAUUCAAAAGAAAAUUAACGUGUUAAAGGGAUUAAUCUGUGGAAUUAACUCAUUAGUUUUUAAGGCAUUAAUGCAUGGACAACAGGAUUAUUACUCAUGAUGUAUUAAGAAUUCAAAUUGGGGGUCAAAAACUUUGUUAUCUUGGGGGUCUUGGCUCAAAAAGUUUGAGAACUGCUGCUUUAAGCUAUGCUGGUUUUAGGCGACUGCAGCUUUUUUUGUCCGAGCAGCAGGGUAUCAGGUUGGCGUACUGCAAAAUUUGAGUAUGAAUAUGACCUUUGACCGCUGUCAUAUUUUUUGGGCACCAAUCACUAUUGAAAGUUUCGUAGACACUCAAUCAUACUGAUUGAAAAAUAUGCAGGUAUUUAUAAGUCAGUCACUUGUUAAUUGGCAUAAUGACCCUUACUUAUAUUUUGACAAUGUUAUCUUUUUAAGUUUUAAGUGCCUUAGUAUAAAUGUGAGUAUCAGUUACAGAUUUGGGUUUCUGAUACUCUGACAUGUAACAGUAUGGUUUGAUUUAUGGUUUACGCAAGUUAUUUCCUAAUGUUAUGGUUCAGUAUAACAUCUAUCCUCUUCACUUAACUACCAUUUUAAUUACCUUAGCAUGAUGUAAGAAAAUGUUACUGCUUAUUGCAAAAAAACUCUGGUAAGAACAUGAGGCAUUAUUUUGCUCAUUCUGGCACACUCCAGUUUUUCACUUUGCAUUUCCAUUCUGUGCAGUGGAGCAUCAGAUGUUUUCUUUUUUAAAAAGAGGUUUUGAAUUGUAUAAAAAAGACAGAAUCAUCUAUGUUUUAUUUAAUUGGAAUACAUGAAUGUUACACAAACCAACUUUUAACACUGCACUGCUCAAGGUCAACUUGUACCAUUCCAUGAACUGUUCCACAGUGCCUUAAAACGUGCAAAUGAUAAUUAGUUACUGCUGUGAUGCCUCUUGACAUACAAUAAAAGGAGUCAGGUGGUUUAUUGUACUAAAUGCUGCUGUUUACACAAGAUAUUGCUGCAAAAGAUGUCAAGUCUAAAAUGCAGGGAUAUAACAAAUGACUGAUCACACUGGGUCAAACUGACCCACUUUCGUUUGAAACAAGAGAAUACAACUGAAAGAUUGUAAAAUGAGAAAUCCAAUUUUGGACUUCUCUUCGAACUCUUCUUGGUCAUGAUUUGCCCAAAAAGGCCUAUGUAUUGGCUUUGGUUUGACCACAGUUGAGGUGUCCUAUAUAACAUUAGCUUGAACAGGUACCAACUUGUACAUUUUGGGGCUUUGUUUGGUGCUGCUUCUUGCUAGCUAUGAGAUGCACAUAAAACAGUAAAUACAGCGUCAGAAGCAGUAAAGCUCUGCGGUGUUUUAUGAUACUGUGCUUUCCACAAGUAACGUUACUGAUAAAGGCCUUAAAAUACUACUGACAAAAAAGUGGUGCAUUCUAUAUGCAGAAAUUAGUUGUUUUGUUCUGGGCCACUUUAAUUCACAAGUUGAAAAGUGUCUGUUGUGCAUGUUUGAUAUUAACCACAGUUUCCUGAGUGUAACAUCCUGUCAGACACUGUGAAACUGCCGUGGACUCGACCUCGCCCAUGUAGCUUAAAGUCGGCACUGUUUGGAUGUCUUAAUAAUCAACCUUUAAACCAUACAACUUCUCUCUCUGCCCUUUAGAAGUAGAAUACAACCAGCAGCAGCACCACUACUGCAUCUCUAUGUGCAAUAUGUUCUGAUUGUUUGUCUGUUUUGCCUACACCUUACUGUGUACUGUUAUUUAUGAUACUGUAACAUGCAUCAGCAUAUCGGUGUAACAUUUAUAAUCCAAUCAUAACGGAUUUUGUUCCGGAGCAGUGCACAGCUUUGACUGAAUAAAUCCUUAAUAAAUGUUUUCCACAAACAUUAA